CCAUCUGUGAUUUGAAAACAGCUUAAGGCAACCUAUUUAGACAGCUUUGGUUUUAUUUACCCAUUUGAUGGUUUAUGCCUCUCACGACAGAGAAAAUUCAAGAAGAGAUUGACCAGGUAGUAGGACGAUCAAGAAAACCCUGUGUGGCUGACCGGACCCAGAUGCCCUACACAGAUGCCGUGGUCCAUGAAAUCCAGCGCUUCAUCACUCUUGUCCCCUUGGGUGUCCCUCGCGCUGUGACCAAAGACACCAGCUUCAGAGACUACAUCAUUCCUAAGGGCACCACGAUUUACCCUAUCCUCGCUUCUGUCCUCUAUGACAGUAAAGAGUUUCCAAACCCACAUGAGUUCAAUCCUGAACAUUUCUUGAAUAAGGAUGGCAGCUUUAGGAAGAGCAACUUCUUCAUGCCCUUCUCAGCAGGAAAACGAAUAUGCCCAGGAGAGGGCUUGGCUCGAAUGGAGAUAUUCUUAUUCUUAGCCACCAUCUUGCAGAACUUUACUUUGAAGUCUGUUGUCAACCCCCAGGAGCUCAGCAUAACCCCAACUCUGAGUGGGAUAAGCAAUGUACCUCCUGACUUCCAGCUCUGUGCUUUUCCCCGCUGAAAAGCACUGAUCCACUCCAGUGGCCUGAACCUAGCUAUGCCUUCACAGCAUCUUUACUCAAAUCAAGACUUUCCCAAGCCUUCAGGAAGGCAGUCCAAACACAGGCACAAAGCAGAGAUCUCUGAAGCCUCCCAGAACUCCACCUCACCGCAGGAGGCCCUGGGUGACAUUGCAGCCUCUGGCACUGAUGCUCUGUCCCAGGAUCAUUGAGGGCACUGGCUGCAUCAAACAGCCACUCUUGCUCUUCUCACCAACACAGCUCCCGUGGCUGCUCCUGCAGCACCUGUCCCACCAAGACCUGCCUUUGCAGAUGGACACUGCUGCAUGUGUGUACAUUCAUGAUCCAAUAAACAAAAAUCUGUUUAGGAUGA